AAAACCAAGAUGGCCGACGGGGAAGACCGCUGCCGGGCGGGGCAGGAGCCGGGGCCGGAGCCGGGAGAAGAGUUUGAGAUCGUGGACCGGAGCCAGCUGCCGGGCCCAGGCGAACUGCGGAGGGCGGCGAAGCCGCGUGCGGCGACGGAAGGCUGGUCGGCGCCCAUCCUGACCCUGGCGCGGAGGGCCACUGGCAACCUGUCGGCGAGCUGCGGGAGCGCGCUGCGCGCAGCCGCUGGGCUGGGCGGUGCGGACGGCGGCGCGGACGGCGGCGCGGACGGCGCGGCGCGCGCAGCUUCCAAGUGCCAGAUGAUGGAGGAGCGUGUCAACCUGAUGCACAUGAUGAAACUCAGCAUCAAGGUCUUGCUCCAGUCUGCCCUGAGCCUGGGCCGCAGCCUGGAUGCAGACCAUGCCCCCUUGCAGCAGUUCUUUGUAGUGAUGGAGCACUGCCUCAAACAUGGGCUGAAAGUUAAGAAGAGUUUUAUUGGCCAAAAUAAAUCUUUCUUUGGUCCUUUGGAGCUGGUGGAGAAACUUUGUCCAGAAGCGUCAGAUAUAGCCACUAGUGUCAGAAAUCUGCCAGAAUUAAAGACAGCUGUGGGAAGGGGCAGAGCUUGGCUUUAUCUUGCACUCAUGCAGAAGAAACUGGCAGAUUAUCUGAAAGUGCUUAUAGACAAUAAACAUCUCUUAAGUGAGUUCUAUGAGCCUGAGGCAUUAAUGAUGGAGGAAGAAGGGAUGGUGAUUGUUGGUCUGCUGGUGGGACUCAAUGUGCUUGAUGCCAACCUCUGUUUAAAAGGAGAAGACUUGGAUUCUCAGGUUGGAGUGAUCGAUUUUUCUCUCUACAUUAAGGAUGUGCAGGAUCUUGAUGGUGGCAAAGAACAUGAAAGAAUUACUGAUGUCCUUGAUCAAAAAAAUUAUGUGGAAGAACUUAACCGGCACUUAAGCUGCACAGUUGGGGAUCUUCAAACCAAGAUAGAAGGGUUGGAAAAGACUAAUUCAAAGCUUCAAGAAGAGCUUUCAGCUGCAACAGACCGAAUUUGUUCACUUCAAGAAGAACAGCAACAAUUAAGAGAACAAAAUGAAUUAAUUCGUGAGAAAAGCGAAAAAAGCGUAGAGAUAACAAAACAGGAUACAAAAGUUGAGCUGGAGACUUACAAGCAGACUCGGCAAGGUCUGGAUGAAAUGUACAAUGACGUGUGGAAGCAGCUGAAGGAGGAGAAGAAAGCCCGUUUGGAACUAGAAAAAGAACUGGAGCUACAAAUUGGAAUGAAAACCGAAAUGGAAAUCGCAAUGAAGUUACUAGAAAAGGACACCCACGAGAAGCAGGACACUCUAGUUGCCCUUCGCCAGCAGCUGGAGGAAGUCAAAGCAAUUAACUUACAGAUGUUUCACAAAGUUCAGAAUGCGGAGAGCAGUUUACAACAGAAGAAUGAAGCCAUCACAUCUUUUGAAGAAAAAACCAACCAAGUUAUGUCCAGCAUGAAACAAAUGGAAGAAAGGUUACAGCACUCAGAGAGGGCGAGGCAGGGGGCCGAGGAGCGGAGCCACAAGCUGCAGCAGGAGCUCGGCGGGAGGAGCAGCGCUUUGCAGCAGCAGCUCUCCCAGCUGCACGAGCAGUGCUCAAGUCUAGAGAAAGAGCUGAAAUCAGAAAAAGAGCAAAGACAGGCUCUUCAGCGAGAAUUACAGCAUGAGAAAGACACUUCCUCUCUACUCCGAGCAGAGCUACAGCAAGUAGAAGGAUUAAAAAAGGAGCUGCGGGAGCUCCAGGAUGAGAAGACAGAGUUACAGAAGGUUUGUGACGAGCAGGAACAAGCCCUCCAGGAAAUGGGUCUGCACCUCAGCCAGUCAAAGCUGAAGAUGGAAGACAUCAAAGAAGUAAAUAAGGCACUGAAGGGCCAUACUUGGCUGAAAGACGAUGAAGCCACGCACUGUAAGCAGUGUGAAAAGGAGUUUUCCAUUUCCCGGAGAAAGCACCACUGCCGAAACUGUGGCCACAUCUUCUGCAACACGUGCUCCAGUAAUGAGCUGGCCCUGCCCUCCUACCCCAAGCCAGUACGUGUGUGCGACAGCUGCCACACCCUGCUCCUUCAGCGCUGCUCCUCCUCCACCGGCUCCUAAGGUGGGGGCAUCAGCAGGGCCUGCUUUCUGGACCAGUUGCCAGCCUGUCUUCAUGGCCGUGGGCGGCCUCAGAACAGUGCCAAACUCUUUGGGUCUCGAGGUGGCCAGGGGCUUGGGAGGUUAGUUUCCCAAGAGAACAAGAUCCUCGCCUGGGCUGCUGACACUCUGGAACACAGCACGCGGGACCAGAAGCUGCACUCCUCUCAUUUCCAAAUUGUAUGGAUUCAGCUCCUCUGGAUUGAAAUUCUUCUCCCUUGACACCACUGGCUUUGGUUCAGAUAUAACUUCAUGAUUUUGCUAUUGUCAUUUUUCAGUUUCCAAAGAAUUAACCUAUUUUGCAGCAGACCCACUAGUGUAGCGAGUAAUCAAUUCCCUUCCCUCCCCGCCACCCCAGCAUGCCUUCCCUGCUUCAGAGUCAAGAAAUCUGCUAUUUCACACCCUUGUGAAUAUCCAUCAUUAGCCCUGCAAUAAAAUCAUUUAUUUUUCAUAGUCAAGAAAUUUGCUGUUUCACACUCUUGUGAAUACCCAUCAUUAGCCCUGCAAUAAAAUCAUUUUUCAUUCUGGUGCAGAAAAUGAAGGAGCUGUGUCAGCUUCACAGGAUGCCCAGAGCAACCCCCAUUUCAGGACUAGAGGCCCUUGGUGAGGGCGGCUGCAUUCAAGGUGAAGACCUGAGCCUGCUGUGUUCUGGGGUGCAGGCUGCUCUGCCCAGUUGAGCCAAGGACAAGUUGGGCUGUUAAGUCCAACAAGCACAGAGAAAGUACCUGUCACCAAAGCCCAAAAGUUGUUCCCUUAUAUGUUUGGGUUGGCCAGAAAGUUCACUCGGGUUUUUCCUAACAUCUUACAGAAAAACACGAAUCUGUAAUGGCCAGCCUCCAAAACUGUGCCCAGCUCCAAAGCUGCAUUCAUUCCAAACUGCAGAUUUUCACAAGGUUCCAAAUAACCACAAUGUUUCUAGAGUUCUUUCAAGUUUCUAAUUCUAGUCCCUUUUCUUCCUCCAAUAAGGCAUGUUUUUCAACAAAGAUGUUCCUUGUGAAAAACUAGAGGACCAGGGGAAGGAACCCUCCUUGUGUCCAAUUCCCCAGACAUGGAGUAACUCUAAUUAGAUCUCAGGGGCAGCAGCUGAACACCAGUGUUCAACAGUGCCUCCCCAGAAAAUUACCAAGUACAACACUUCUGUAUCCCCAACCCAACUGAAGGUAUGCACCCAGCCUUCAGAGAGCGUGUGGCAGGGCAGGCAGACUGCAGGGCCCUUCAUGCAUACCUUCCACAAUGCUGCCAUCUACAGUCUGUAAAUUAACGACUAUCAUUCCAAGCAAUUUUUCAGAGUAUACUCACCAUACUCACCUCACCCAAGAGGAAACCUUCAGCAGUCACAGCAAGUAAAAAUGUACACACGUGGCUUCAAACAGCACAAGCCUAUAUUCACAGCUCUGAUCCUUAAUUCUAACCUCAAUAGAGCCAACUUUUCCUAUUAGAGGGAUGAUGAAUGAGUGGCAAUUCCCAAACUAGUGUUAAGUAUCUGAAGGGAAACCUAGAACUACACUUGUAAGAACUGCUUACUUACUUUCCUAGCAAAUGUCAUUGAGUUCUCACCUACGAUAAUGGUUAAUUACUGAUUUAAACGAAUCAUUUGUUCUCCUAAAGUACAACUUGGUAUUCUACUUCAGAAGCUUUGUAAAUAAAUGGAAUAAUGUCACUCUUAAGUAGACUUGAUCUUGAG